AUGGAUUCCAUCCUUGGGACCGUGACAGACAAGCUGGACAAGUUCCUCCCCGGGGCAAAGCAGCAAGUGAAGCAGUUCGCAGACAAGGCGAAGGCCUAUAUGAACAAUAUGACAGAACUGGAAAUCAAGGUUAUGGAGGCCACCAAUCAUGAGCCCUGGGGCCCUCACGGCACCGCGAUGCAAGAGAUCACCAACGCGGCGUUUACCUCAGACGGCCUCACACAGAUCAUGGGCGUGCUGGAUAUGCGCAUGGCGGAGGUGGGGGACAACUGGCGGCUGGUGUACAAGAGCCUGCUGCUGCUGGAGUACAUGGUGAAGCACGGCCCCGCGCGCAUCGCGGACGCGCUGCUGUCAAACCGCCUGCACCGCCUGGAGAUGCUGAAGGAGGGGUUUGAGUACAAGGAGCCCUCAGGGCGCGACCAGGGCAUCAACGUGCGGCAGCGCGCGGGCGCGCUGGUCGCCCUCAUCAGCGACAGGGAGCGGCUGGCCGAGGAGCGGGAGCGCGCCGCCAAAAACAGCGGCAAGUUUGGCGGCGUCUCUUCGAGCCAGAGCCGCUACGGCGGCUUUGCCGGCGGCGCGGCGGCCGGCGGCGGCGGCGGCUACAGCAGCGGGGGCUUCGAUUCGGCGCGUCAGGGCGGCGGCGGCGGCGCGUACGGCGGACGGCGCGCUCCCCGAUUCGCCCGGCGACGGCGCCGGCGCCGGCGGCGGCGGAGCGGGCGACGGGUUCGGGGCGUUUGA